AUGGUUGAGAACUUGAGACUGUAUUUUUUCAACAUUGUUUUACUUGGUUUCAUACCAUCAGGAGCACAAGGUAAGCUGCUGGUGUCCGCAGAAGGUGCCACCAGAGUCGACACAACAGCAGGUGACAAUCUCACCCUGGCCGUGUCCUUCAGCGGGGCAGCAGACCCAGCGGUGACAUGGUUCAAAGGCCACCUGCCCAUCGUAACCUGGACCAUCGGCUCAGAUGCUCCCCCGGAUGUGGCAAUGGAAUACAAGGAAAUUUUGAGGCUGGAACCCAGCGGGUCCCUCAGUUUUGUCCACGUGCCACUGGAUUACGGGGACAACUACUCGGUGGAGAUGACUAAAUCUGGACUUGGAACAGCCUCUGUCAAUUUCACUCUGAGGGUUUUUGAGUCCUUCCAAAACGUAACUCUGACCGUGUCACCCGACUUAAUCAUAGAGGGCAGCGAACAGUUCCUGCUGCAGUACAGCAUGCUCCACGGCGUGGUGGAGCACCAGCUGUGGUUCUUCAACGACCGCCGUAUCACAGAAGAAGAUGACCCGCGAUACUCAAUGCAGCCCGGCAGCCUAGCGGUCCACGGGCCCCACCGGAGUGACACGGGACGUUACACGGUGUCAUUGACCAACCCCUUCAGCAGUGUGACGCUUCACUUGAACAUCACCAUUUUGUAUGGUCCAGAUGAGCCCAGAAUCCAAAUCAACCCACUUCAGGAAUUUUAUGUAUCAGGAGAUUCACUCACGUUAUCCUGCCAGGCAGAUGGGUCACCGCAGCCUCUCGUGGAGUGGACAUUCGGUAGCGAAACCCUGACUGAAAGUCACACGGGCGUCCUAAAUCUCAGCAGAGUGCUGACCAGUCAAGGGGGCAUUUACACAUGCGAGCUACGCAACCAAAUGACAGGAGUGCGACGACACCAGAGCAUCGAACUGCUUGUUUAUGAGAGACCUGCGGGAAGUCCGCAGUGUUCUGUGCUGUCGAAUUACAACCGAAGCUUACAGUAUGAGUGCCGGUGGUCGGGUGGAACGCCGCCAGCGAGACUGUCUUUCCCUGAUUUCGGUGAAGGCAACAGCCUGGAAAACCUCUUGCUGACUGUCAACGCAUCAGUUGAAAUGGAUGGGAAAAUGGUCACCUGCCAGGCGCAGCAUCCCGUUGAACAUAGCGAGUGUAACAUCACGGCUAGGAGUCCGCAGAACUUCCUCCCGACCGUGAGCACUGACGUAGACUCUGAAGGCAAAAUAGUGGUCAGCAUCCAUUGCCUGAGCCGUGCUGAGCCUCCCGCCGUGGUGUCGUGGUUCAGAGGCGGCGAGCCGGUCAGCGAUGGGAACCUCAUCAGCGAUGACACCACCCGCCUCGAAGUCCGUCAUCACAACGCCAGCAUUCUCCUCCUUCAAAACUACACCUGCACCAGCCGCAACCCCCUCGGGGGCCGAAGCAAAGGCAUUCAUUUGCAAGAACCAUCCAUCUCCGAUUUCAGUCUGUUCCCGCACAAGGAAGGAACCAUCGUCACUUUGACAUGGGAAGUCCCACCUACCUCCAUCGUCACAGGUUUUGACAUCCAGAUGAAGGGGCCUCCCCUGGUGAUUGUAGACGGUAAUGUGAGUCGGACAAAAGGGGGCGCAGAUGAGUUCCGCACAAUCCUGCGUAAACCCGGCUCGGCCCGAAGUGCAGACGUCUUCCACUUGGAUCCCAAAUCCACAUAUCGAUUCCGGGUUCUUCCCAGAGCGCUGAUGACGGAAGGCCAGCCAACAAGAGCUGACCGUGCGGGCCCACCUGAGGGUCUAAGCGGCCCGGCAAUCGCGGGCAUCGCAGCUGGUAUCCCGUGCAGUAUUCUCUUCCUGCUUCUGCUGUGCGGCCUCAUUUAUUUUGCCAUCUACUGGAGCAAGACCAAAAGACGGCAGACAAGAUAUCCAGUCACUAGAACUGCUGAGAAGGUGACGACACCCCACAUGCAAGCACCUCACAAUUUGCUGCCUGGAGCCCCCAAGUCCCCCCCUGACUACAACAGAUUGCGUCAGACAUCAUCCAUUCUUUCAGUGGCCCCGCCCACUUUUGUCCCUCCUCCACCUGUCAGAGUUGCAACAACAGUCUGA